AUGGAUUCAGAAGACACCAGAUCCCAACAAGAGCCAUCAACACCAGCUCGCAAGCACAAGAAGAAGAGGAUGAAAAAGCCCCAAACAGUCAUCAAAGUCAUCCCAGGAAACCCAGAGAGAAUGGCACCUUUGGUGGGCUAUUUCCCAUCUGGGUUUGAUCCCACCAAAAGCUCAGAUCUAAACUCAACCAAAGUUGGGGUCUUCAGGCACAAAGAGAGAAGUGGUACUCGGCUUCAGCUUGUGGUAACCCCAGAAACGGAUGCUGAAGUUGAUUUCGUUGGAACUAGCUAUGCUGGUGAGGCUCAGGCUGGGGAGCACUGCGCUUAUGGACUUGGUAUUCUUGAUAAGGCCACCCACACAUUGAAGAUUGUGCCUAUUGCUAAUAACAAGGUAUUUAGAUUAGAACCAAAAGUUCAAGGUGCUGACUCCUCUAAUAAAGAGCUUGCAAGUUCAGUGAUUGGAAAACUUUCUGCACAUGAGAAGACUGAAAAACUUACAGAACUUCAUAAUCGUUAUGGAACAAAGAAGUCAAUACGGCAGAACAAAAGAAUGCAAACCUUGAAGCACGGAGAUAAUCCUGUUGCUCAAAAUGAUUUGAAUGCAAUCAAAAAUGGUAUGACGAACAGGGAGGAUCUUGAAGAAGCUUCCGAAUGCCAUAAUGAUCGCAAUACCCCACCAUUUAAUGCUUCUGCCACCACUCCCCAGGAGGCUUAUCCACUGGACAAGAUCAUCUCCACAGCAGAGUGGAAAUUCCUCCAAGAUAUCCAUAAGCUUUUGGAAGGGGGAUCAGAACUUCCCCGGUUUGUUAGCAACCGAAUCCAUAAACUGCAGCAGAUUGAGGAUGAAGAGAAGAAGAACAAGCUUGCUUGUAUUUUCUCAUAUAUUAUGCACCUUAUAAAGUUCAAAGAUCUGCAUUCCAUGGAGCUCAAGGGGCAUUUCUUUCCAAAGGCUCACUCUCCAAAGGCCCACAGAUUCCCAAGCAUUAUAAGGGACAAAUUUUCAAGAAUGUUUGAUGCAGUGUCGAGAAAGCUAUCAACCGAAAAAAGUAAUCUUCUCAAGUAUGUCCUGGUGCUCACUCUAUUUGUGGAUGAAUUCCAAACAAGUUUGACAGACAUAGCAAAGGAUCUGAGAAUGAGUACCUCAAAGUUGAGGACGCAUUAUGAGACCUUGGGUUGCAGGGUGUCUAAGAAGAACAACUUUAUAACGGUUACCCUUCCUGUCCCCCUCCAAUUUCCAACACUGAAGCGCAAGCGAGGCAAUAGAUGA